UUGUUUCGAUCGAUAGGACGAGCAUGACAACUUUAGUCAGUUGCUGUUGUGCUUUAACAUAACGUCUACAGAUCUCUUUUCGCGUUUGUGGUAUUAUGAGUCUCCCCGAAGCCUUGACCAAGGUGCUGGAUCAAAGCAUAGAGUUUGUCUAUGCGCUUGGGCCAAUUUUUGAGCCUACGGUUUUCCUUGUUCCUGGUGUCGUCCGGGAGCAGGUACAGGCACUGUCGGAUGCAAUCGGCUUCGAUGUGGAAACCCUGAACUAUUGCUUGGGUCUCUUCUUGUGCUACCCGCUUGCCUUGAUCAUGAAUACUAUUCCGUACGGACAGCUUCGUCAUCUUUUCUCCUUUUUGUUGGGAGCUUUCUUGUUACAGUUUACCCUUGGCGUGCAAUGGAUUCAUCAGCUCGUGACUUCGUUAAUCGCUUACGGUCUUCUGGCAAUCUUGCCGCGACAGACCACUUCAACGCUCGUUCCGCUGUUCGCAAUGCUCUAUCUUGUCAUGGGGCACUUGCACCGUCAAUACACAAACUAUCUUGGUUAUGAUUUGGACUUUACGGGCGCACAGAUGGUCUUGACGCAGAAGUUGUACAUGAUUGCUUACAACCUCUACGACGGCGAAGUGCUCUCUCAGGGUAAAGAUUCCAAGGCAGCCAAAAAGUGCUCGGAGUACGCCCUUCCUCAACUUCCGAAUCUUAUUGAAUUUCUUGGGUACACGUUUUGCUUUUCCAAUGUUUUGUCGGGUCCCGUCUUUGAGUUUUCUGUAUACCGCGACGUCUGCAGUGGUCAAAUUUUAUUUGACGAUGCCGGAAAACCUCGCGGCAAAAUUCCGAGCAAUGUGUGGCCGACCCUACGUCCGCUGCUUACCAGUUUAAUCAAUAUGGGUCUGUUCGUCUUCUUGGGUGGCAUGUUUCCGUUGAAUGAUCCCUCCAAUCCCCAAGGUUCAACGCCCGUUGUUUUGACUGCUGACUUUUUGGCUAAACCAUGGCAUGUGCGCUACGGAUAUAUGUGGGUUGGAUUGCUGGCUGUUCGUCAAAAGUACUACUUUGCAUGGAAGAAUUCGGAGGGUGCCAACAACCUUUGGUACGCGGGAUUUCAAGGGUUCGAUGAAGAAGGCAAGCCGAAGGGAUGGGAGAACUGUUCGAACAUGAAUAUUUGGGGCUUCGAAACGGCAUCGAACGUUCAGACUCUGUCCAAGGAAUGGAACAAGAAGACCUCUGUUUGGUUGACUCGAUAUGUUUAUAUUCGUACGAACGGAAGCCUCAUUGCUGUGUACAGCAUGUCCGCUUUCUGGCAUGGCUUUUACCCCGGAUACUACUUGUUCUUCAUGUCGAUCCCAAUGCUCACAGUUUGCGAGCGAUUGGGGAGGAAAAAAAUUUCACCCUACUUUUCCAAGGAAAAAUGGAGUCUCUACGGGAUUGUUACGAUUCUCUUCACAUCGCUGGCCGUGGAAUACAUGGUGUCUCCCUUUCCGCUUUUGGCCCUGGAUCGUUCCUGGAACAACUGGAAGAGCCACUACUUUUUCGGGCAUAUAGGAUGUGUUGUGUUCUACCUUAUCGUUUCAGUGCUUCCGACGCCCAAGAAAGAAAAGAAAGAAUAAAAGUUACGCCUUUAAAUCAGCUAUAAAUAUUGGUAGCGGGCC